GAGUUAAUCCGGAUAAUAAAAAUGAUUUAAUUUGUAACUUUUGUCAAAAAGUUACAAAAGGGGGUAUUUAUCGUGCAAAACAACAUCUUGUUGGGGGGUUUCGAAAUACUACGACUUGCAAAAAAUGUCCACCUCAUGUACGUGAAGAAAUUAAAAAUUUCAUGGAGAAAAAGGCAGAGAAAAGUAAUCUUUCUCAACUUGCGACAUUGGACUUUGAGGAUGUAGACCCUCUUGGUGAUGAUAUUGAUAUGGAUAAUAUUGGAGCUAAAGGUGUGCCGCCUAUAAGUACAAGUACAAGUUCUAGAUCAGUGAAUAUGCAAAAAAGGCCCAGACAAAUAGGUCCAAUGGAUACGUAUUUUGCUCCUAAUGUACAAAAAAUUGUUGAAAGUAGAAAGGGUAAAGAAAGACAAUCUACGAUAAAUGAGGCAUACAAGAAAGAAUUGAGGGAAAAAGCUUGUAUGGCCAUAACUGAGUGGAUGUAUGAUGCGGCAAUUCCAUUUAAUGCCGUUAAUUAUUCAAGCUUCAAAAGAAUGUUGGACUUGGUUGGCCAAUAUGGUAUAGGUCUAAAAGGACCUAGUUAUCAUGAGGUGCGGGUUCCUUUUCUAAAAAAGGCGGUUGAUAGUGUGACAAAUGAUUACAUUAAGUCGUGUGAAACAGAAUGGGCCAAGUAUGGUUGUAGUUUGAUGGCAGAUGAGUGGACAGACAAAAGGCAGAGAACAUUGAUUAAUUUUUUAGUGAAUUCUCCUAAAGGUUCAGUUUUCAUCGAAUCGGUUGAUGCUUCUGAUUAUGCAAAGACUGGAGAGAAAAUAUUUCAGUUGCUUGAUCGAUUUGUGGAGCGUGUAGGAGAAGUAAAUAUUGUUCAAGUUGUUACGGAUAGUGCAAGUAACAAUGUGCUUGCUGGGAAAUUAUUAGAAGCAAAAAGGUCACACUUGUAUUGGACUCCUUGUGCUGCUCAUUGCGUCGACUUGAUCUUAGAAGAUAUUGGGAAAUUGCCUGAUUUUAAAGCAACAUCGAAGAAAGCAAUGAGUGUGAAUGCUUACAUUUAUGUUCAUCCUGGCAUGGUAAAUAUGUUGAGGUAAUUCAUAAGACAAAAAGAGCUUUGUCGGACAGGUGUCACAAGAUUUGCUACUGCUUUUCUCACUCUUGAAAGGAUGUAUCUACAGAAGCAAAAUUUAAGAACAAUGUUCAUUUUAAAGGAUUGGACAGAGAGUAAAUGGGCAAAAGAAGCGGCGGGGAAGAAGGUAGCUAAAAUCAUCAUGACACUUAGAUUUUGGAGCAGUAUUGUGCAUAUUUUAAAAAUAUAUGGCCCUUUAGUCCGUGUUCUAAGACUGGUUGAUGGCGAAAGAAAACCUGCAAUGGGCUAUAUUUAUGAGGCUAUGGAUAGGGCAAAAGAAACAAUUAUGAAGGCCUUCAAGGAGAAAGAAGAGAAAUACAAAGAAGUGUUUGAGAUCAUUGAUGCGAGAUGGGAAUGUCAACUUCAUCGGCCUCUGCAUGCUGCAGGACAUUAUUUGAAUCCAGAAUAUUUUUAUUCAUACACAGAUUCAAAUAUCUGUGGAGAAGUGGUGAAUGGUUUGUUUGAAACUAUGGAGAGAUUGGUUUCAAGCGCUGCCGAGCAAAAUCACUACCCAGCUCUCUAUAUAUCGAAAGGCAGAAGGGCUAUUUGGGAGGAAUGUAGCAAUUAGACAUAGAAGAGCAUUAUCUCCAGCAGAAUGGUGGGAAUGCUAUGGAGCAAAUACCCCAGAAUUGCAAAAGUUUGCUAUUAAAGUGCUUAGCCUCACUUGCAGUGCUUCUGGUUGUGAGCGCAAUUGGAGUGUAUUUGAGCAGAUUCACAGCAAAAAAAGAAAUAGGCUAGCUCAGCAGCGCUUAAAUGAUUUGGUAUUUGUGAAAUACAAUCGUGCCUUAAAGCUUCGGUAUGAUGCACGUGAUAAGAUUGACCCCAUCUCUUUGACUGAUAUUGAUGAUAGUAAUGAAUGGUUGAUGGGUAGAAUGGAUGGAGAAAGUGAUAAUGAAGAAGAUGAGUUGGUUUUUGAAGGUGAUGACUUGACAUGGGAUGUCGUUGCUAGAGCUAGUGGAGCUGAAGAGCCUGAAUAUUGUACUAGAGGAAAAAAUAUUGCAACCAUGACCUCUAGUUCAAAUGCUAGGCCUAAACAAGUCGAGAAGGGAAAUGCAUCUUCCUCUAUGAGACACUCAUCUCUAAGAUUUAGAGAUGAAGAAGAAGAAGAAGAAGAAGAAGAAAUUGAAUUUGAAGAAGAUGAAGAUAACGAAGAAGAAGAAUACAAUGAGGAUGAUCUUGAGCUUGAUGAUUAAUUUUACUUAUUACACUUGUUUUGAUGGACUUUGUUAGUUUAAAUUAGAAAGUUGAAACUUGAAAGUUUGAAACUUUUAUUAAUUUUAUCAUGGUGUUGUUUUGCUUGUU